CUGCUAGCCUAUUUAAAGGCAAGGGAGUGGUGCGUUUGUUCCCCUCAUCUGUGUGCAGGACCUGAGUGAGCAGCCAGAAGAAACAGCUUGAAGGACAGCAACAUGUCUGGAAUUGUUUGCACCAGCCUGCAUGUCGCACCUGGCCAGCGUAUUUCUGUGAAGGGUGAUAUCCCACCAGGAGCUAAGAGUUUUGUAAUUAAUCUGGGCAAAACCAAAGAUGACCUUCUACUGCAUUUCAACCCACGUUUUGAUGCUCACGGGGACAUAAGGACCAUCGUCUGCAACUCAAAGAACAAAGGGCAAUGGGGCACAGAACACAGGGAGACCACCUUUCCCUUCCAGGAGGGCAGCGCUACAGAGGUUUUCUUCUCUCAUGACAAAAAAGAGGUGACCGUUACACUGCCUGGCAACCAUCAGUUCAAGGUCCCCAACAAUCCUGGCCUUGAAGGCAUUGAAUAUGCCUGUGUGGAAGGCGACUUUGUAUUCAAAGGCUUAUCGCUUGCUUAAGUGCCCCUCCUGGUCCUGCCCUGCUUUCCUCUCCUGCUUAAUAAGGCAGCAAAAUAAACACAGCUGAAUUCUGGUCUAAA